UGGGGAACUAGCAUAUUAGGAGCGUUUCUUCGAGCGUCCAGCCCACAUCGGAGUGCCAAACAGCGAGGACCACCUACAAAAGCAACUUCGUGCACAGCCACCGACUCCAUCUCCCCGCCGGGACGCGUGCGUCUCCAACUAACUUUGGCAACUCGCGGACCCGGAGCCGAGCCGCACCCGGCGCACCCCGCCUCGCCUGCACCCCGCUUUCCCGCGCCCUGCCCGCCGGCCCUCUGGGGGCACUCCCUUCCUCCCGCGGGCCAGGAUGGAGGAUCUCUUAAGCCCCUCCACUCCGUGGCCGGCACCCAACCUCUCCAUCUCCGUGUGGACGGACUGGGGGCUCAAUGCGACUGCGGGGCCGGGUUCCCCGAGCCCCGAGCCCCCAGCGCCGCGCCGCGCCCGCCUGGCCUGCCUGGGGGUCCUACUGCUGGUGGCGGUGGUCGGCAACGCCGCGGCGCUCUGCCGCCUGUGCGCGGGUCCCCGGCGCCGCCAGCUGGACUGCCUGCUGGUGCAGCUGGCGCUGGCCGACCUGGCGGCGUGCGGGGGCGCCGCGCUGUGGCCGCUGGCCUGGGAGCUGGGGACGCCGCGCGGGGUCCCGGGGGCGCCGGCGUGCGGCGCGUGGCGGCUGCUGCAGACCUGGGGCCGCGGCGCCUCGGCGCACCUGGUGGCGCUCAUCGCGCUGGAGCGCGGCCGCGCCCUGCCGCCCGCCGCCCGCCCGCCGCUGCCCGCGCGCGCCCUGGCCGGCCUGGGCUGGCUGCUGGCGCUGCUGCUGGCGCUGCCCGCCGCCUUCGUGGCGCGGCCCGGGGCCGACGAGCGGCGCUGCCGCGGCGGCCUCGCGCCCCUGCCGCGCCGGCACCUGCAGCUCUACGCGCUCUACGAGGCCGCAACGGGCUUCGCGGCGCCGGCCGCCGUCAUGGGCGUCGCGUGCGGCCGCCUGCUCCGCGCCUGGUGCCGGCAGCCGCCGCCCGUGCCCCCGGCCCCCGCGCUGCCCCGCGCCAAGCUGCGGAGCCUGCAGAUGAGCCUGGCGCUGGCGCUGCUCUUCGUGGGCUGCGAGCUGCCCUACUGCGCCGCGCGCCUGGCGGCCUCCUGGGCGGCCGACGGGGACGGCGAGUACCUGGCCGGCGCGCUGCGCCUCGUCGGGCUGGCCAGCUGCGCGCUCGAUCCUUUCGUCUACCUCUUCUUCCAGGUAGGCGACUGCCCGCUCGGGCGGAGGCUGCGGAGGCGCGUGGGCUCCUUCUGCUGCGCGCUCGAGGACGUCGCCGAGGACGACAGCGGGGUCCGCGGCCACCGGGCGCUCCACCGCCACCGCUGGCCCCAUCCCCAUUACCACCACGCUCGGCGGGAGCAGCCCGAGCAGGCUCACCCGCGCCCACCCCCGCCGCGCCCGCGGACGCGGCCCUGCUCCUGCGAAAGCGCCUUCUAGGUGCCGGGCGGCAGG